GCUGUAGGUUCCCUCCCGGCAUGCAUUGCGCUGGUAGCGACGUGUUCUUCUAUUGUCAUCAGGAUCCCGGCUGGAGGCUGCGGGCAGCGGAGGGAUACCGGGGCCGGUGCCGGAGGAGCGGGGCUCUCGGAGGAGGUCAUACAGUCGUGUGGAGCAUGUAGGUUCCAGCUUAUGAGAAGACGCCCUGAUCCACCCCAGAUUCUGCAGCGCAGGCGCCAAGAACUCCGAUCGCUACCCAAGACACCUCCAAGAUGAGCACAGUAGAGCCAGACGCAGCAGCGCAGGGGAACCCGCCCGCCACCACGGCUCCGGACGAUGGCAUGACAUGGUGGUACCGCUUGAUGUGUCGGCUCGCCGGGGUCCUCGGGGGCAUAUCCUGCGCCGUUGCCGGCCUGUGGAACUGCAUCACCAUCAACCCAAUGAACAUUGCAGCUGGAGUCUUCAUGAUGGUGAACGCGCUGGUCCUGUUCCUGUGUGAGGCGCCAUUCUGCUGCCAGUUCAUCGAGUUUGCAAAUGUGGUCGCGAGUAAAGUGGAUAGGUUGAGGCCCUGGCAGAAGGCGUUCUUCUACUGCGGGAUGGCGCUGUUUCCCAUAUUUCUCAGCUUCGGUAUAACCACUCUUUUUGGCAACGCGAUCGCCUUUGCAACGGGAGUGCUGUACGGAUUAUCUGCCUUGGGGAAGAAGGGUGACGCUGUCGCUUACGCAAAACUCCAGCAGCAGAAGAAGCAGCCGGAUGAAGAGAAGCAGGCCGGGACCUAAGGAGCUCCGCACCGCAACGUUCUUCUCUCAUUCACUUUUUAACUUUUUAACUUUUUUUACACUGAUUUUUGAUGUGCGUUUUAAAGACUAUAAACCUGGCGAAUCCCCGGCAGCGCAGCGGUGGUCGGAUACAAUGGGAGUCUUCCUGCGAGGGGUCGUCUUGUGGUGCAUUUGGUGGAACUCUGCCCUUAGGGUGAGGUUUGGUACAAUAAGGGGGGGGGGGGGGGGGGGGUCUGUUCUUUGUUUCCGCGGUUUUAUCUCAGUUUCUUCAGAUUAUACCGAAUCUACAGCACAAUUUACUGGGUGUGCGGGAGGGAGAGGGCAAAAUCGGCGAAUACUGGGAAGGGGGUCUUCAGGAUUGUUUAAAGGGGCACUAACUGGGAAGUCUCCUCUCUUCCCCGAUCACUACUUAUAAUGCGCCACUAUACAAGCAACUAAAAGGGGUUAGUUGCCCCUUUUUAAAGGGAUUUUCCAUCUUGCACGUCUAUGCCAUAUCCCCAGUGUGAUUAGUGGGGUCUUCCUGCUGAGACCAAGAUUCACCACACAUGUUAAAGGGGUUAUCGCGUCAACGCCAUUUAUCACCUAUUUGUAGGGUAGGUGGUGAAUGUAUGAUCCUUUUGGGAUCUGACCGCUUGGAGCCCCUAAGAGAACGGGGGGGUCCCCUGUGUGCACAUGCCGAUCCGACGCUCCAGUCACAUAAAUGAGAAGUGAUUAGGGUGCCCCUUUUCUGGGGGUCUCAACACCUUUUGUUGAUUUUGGCAUAACAUUUUUAUAUGGAUCCCCCCUCCCCUUUUAAACCACCCUCGUAGUAUUGCUAUUAGUAGUCGCAGAGGGUUCCCAACCAUUGGCGCUCCAUCGGCACCCACCAAUCUGCGCGUUACAUAGGCUGUAGAAAUUACCGUAACUAUUACAGUCACGUAGGUCAAAGAGGUCUUCACCGGGUCGGUCGCUGAGUUUCAAGAGCCCAGGGGACACAACUGGAAGCCCCUCGAUCCUCCCUAUGGACCGAAUGGACAUAAAGUCCUGGAAUUUACCUUCACACGAUGCUGCUACAUGAUGGAGGAGCAGAGAAAGUUCGGUGACCGAACGGGUAGUUGUCUGGGUGCAACCAUGGAUUUUAAAGGGAUACUCGCCAUCAGCCACCUGGAUGGACACCAGUGACUAUGCCCCUUUAAGAAGUACCAGCAAUUUAACUUUGGACUAGUAGAAUGUACUUGAUUGUAGCCGUUAAUUUACUGUUUACAUAGAGCGUAGAUUUCAGGAGCCUGUCGCACAAGGCAGUGAGCGUACAUCCAUUCGCAUCAACCACGGCCAUGAUGGUUUACUUAAAGGGGGUUCUCCUGAAAUCUCACAGAUGUUUUAAAAAAAAUAAUAAUAAUUUUCUAGGAGAGACAGCGCCACUCUUGCCCAGGGGCUGUAUCUGGUAUUGCAGCUCAGCCUCUUUCAAGGUUCAUUCAGAAGUCUGUAUUUCUGUCUGCGCGUCCGUUCCGCAAUAUUUUGCGGAACAGGUGCAGACCCAUUCAUUUUUAAUGGUGCAGAUAGCACACACCGCGCGGCUGGCCACCUCCGUAGUUCCGUUCCGCGGCCCCGCAGAAAAAAGAUAGAGCGCGUCCUAUUCUUGUCUGCAAUCACGGACAAGAAUAGGCAUUUCCUAACAUAGGGCCGGCCACCAUGUGCCGUCCGCAAAAUUCAGAACGCACGCGGCCGGUAUCCAUGUUCUGCGGACCGCAAAACACUUACGGACGUCUGAAUGGACCUUAAGAGUGGUACUGUUUCUUAUGCCAACCUUUUAAAGGGGGUUUUCCAGGAGUUUAAUAUGGAUGGCCUCUCCUCGGGGGAGGGGAUCGGUGAGAGCCGCAGCUUACCAAGCACAGCGCCGUACAUUAUAUAGUGGCUGUGCUCGGUAUUUCACUUGAAUGGGACUGAAGGACGUGAUGUCACCAGAGUGCCACAGUCUCUUCAACAGCCGAUCGGUGUCGGGAGUCGCAGGCCCCACCGGUCCUGAGGAUGCAUCAUAAUUAAAUUCCUAGAAAAAAAACCUCUAAUGGAAACCACCAGGUGCUCCGGGCAUAAUACAUUGCAGCAGAUUUAUUAUUUAGGCCAGAGUGCUCCAAAAACCUGGCAUAAUUGCUGUACGCUACAUUUAUUGUCCGUUACCUGAUGGUCCAGCAUUGCUUGACCUCCUCAUAUGUAGGCCCAUGAAGGAGAGCAGUGUCGGUCAUCUCUCAAAGACCACAUCUUAAAGGGGUUCUCUGCUGCAGCAGUGUGAGCAGAGGCUGCCAACCAUGUAAUGUGUAGCCAUCUGAUGUCCCAACUCUGCCCCUGAUGGCAGAUAAGAAUUGGGCAGUUAGAUUUCAACAUGCCCGAUCCUGUUGUCAAUGCAGAUCAAACGGCGCCUGGCAGCAGCUUCCACCCCUUUCCCUAUUUAAGGGCAUCUGUCAGCAGAUUUGUACCUAUGACACCGGCUGACCUGUUCCAUGUGCGCUUGGCAGCUGAAGGCAUCUGUGUUGGUCCCAUGUUCAUAUGUUUCCUCAUUGCUGAGAAAAAUGAUGUUUUACUAUAUGCAAAUGAGCCUCUAGGAGCAACGGGGGCGUUACCAUUACACCUAGAGGCUCUGCUCCCUCUGUACUCUGACCAGGCCAGACAGAGAAAACCUCAUAACGACUGGCCCUGUCAAUCAAAGUGCAGUGGACGCAGCAGAGACUCUAGGUGUAAUGGUAACGCCCCCGUUGCUCCUAG